UUGUCUUGUCUUUCAGCCGACGACCAAAAUUUGCACAACGAAAUAAAAAUGUGUUGGCAUGCCAAGAGUUCAUCUUGCUGCAUAAACGUUUAGAUUUGAUUUUUGUAAACGUCAUUUUUUAACAGUUCUAAUUCUUGUUGUGACUUGAAUCAAAGUAAAAGACCUAUCAAAUUUGGUUGAAGUUUUCUGUGACCAGUGUUGUAACUUAUCCAUCAAUAGUGUGUUUUUAGGUUAUGUUUAUUAUCUACUUCUCUAUUAUAUUUUUCAAAGUACGAUAGCUAGCUACCAUGUCUAACGAAUCGGAUAUCAAACUUUUAAUUUCAUUAGGUCUAAAUGAACAAAAAGCUAAAGAAACUCUAAAAAAUGAAGCUGUUACAAAGAUUUUGAAACAAGUGAUUGAUGAAACCAAGAAGAAAAACGCGAGUCACGAAGAAUUUGGCAUUCUAUUGUAUCAUUUAGCAACAAAAAUAAAGAAUCAGGUAAUUCAUCACUUACCUUUUUUAGUUGACUAUGUAAUAAGUAAGAAACUGGAUAAUAUUCAACGAUUAGAUGCCGCUCUAGAAUAUGUUUUAGCAAAUGUUACGAAGAUCAAUCUUGAAGAAUUUGAUAAAGCUACAGGCGUUGGAAUAGUUGUCACACCAGAUCAAAUUGAGCAUGCCGUUGAAGUUGAAAUAUCGAAAAAGAAAGUUGAAAUCACUGAAAAAAGAUACAAGUAUAAUACCGGACUUAUAAUGCAAGCUGUUCGUAAUGAACUAAAAUGGGCGGAUGGAAAAGCAGUAAAAAGUGAAGUUGAUCUUCAAAUAUUCACCUUACUUGGUCCAAAAACAGAAGCAGAUAUGGCACCGGUUCCAAAGAAACCCUCAAAACAGACUAAAGUUAAAGAUCAGAACGAUCAUAAAUCAAACAAGAGUAAAGAUAAAAUUCAAGUAAAUGGCACAGAAGAGUCUGGACCAAUGACAGUUUCUGAAAUGAUGAAAAAGGUCAACUUUCAUGCACCAGGAGAAAAUUUUAAAACAGAUGGCUACGUUGUAACCGAACACACUCAGCGUCUCAUAGCGGAACAUUUGAAAAUCACGGGCGGUAAGGUAAGGACCCGGUUUCCACCAGAACCCAACGGAAUAUUGCAUGUUGGGCAUGCCAAAGCCAUCAAUAUCAAUUUCGGUUAUGCUGCUUCAAAGAAUGGAGUCUGCUUUCUUCGAUAUGAUGAUACCAAUCCAGAAAAAGAAGAGGAAAAGUUCUUUAUUGGCAUACGAGAUAUGGUGGAAUGGCUUGGUUACAAACCCUACAAAAUAACACAUUCUUCAGAUUACUUUGACCAGUUAUAUGAAUGGGCCAUUGUGCUUAUUAACAAGGGGUUGGCGUAUGUUUGUCAUCAGAAAGCUGAAGAGAUGAAGGGAUUCAAUCCUCCGCCAUCAAAAUGGAGAGAUCGUCCAAUCAAAGAAAGUCUCCUACUUUUUCAAGACAUGAAAAACGGGAAAAUAGAUGAAGGAGAGGCAACGUUGCGAAUGAAAAUCACUUUGGAAGAAGGAAAACAAGAUCCAGUUGCUUACCGUAUCAAGUUCCUACCACACCACCGUACUGGCGACAAGUGGUGUAUCUAUCCCACCUACGACUACACUCACUGCCUUUGUGACUCAAUCGAAAACAUCACGCAUUCUCUCUGCACCAAGGAGUUCCAAUCGAGGAGGUCAUCCUACUAUUGGCUGUGCAAUGCCUUGGACAUCUACUGCCCGGUCCAGUGGGAGUAUGGCAGGCUCAACAUCAACUACACGGUCGUUUCCAAGAGAAAAAUUGGCAAGCUGAUCACUGAGAAAAUCGUGAGGGAUUGGGAUGACCCUCGCCUAUUCACGCUGACUGCUCUCAGGAGACGCGGCUUUCCACCUGAAGCCAUCAAUAGGUUUUGCGCUCAAAUGGGGGUGACAGGAGCUCAAUCGGUAGUAGAUCCCAUGACUUUGGAAGCCAGCGUUCGAGAUGUUCUCAAUGAAUCUGCGCCUAGAACCAUGGUAGUUCUCAAGCCUAUCAAAGUUAAUAUCAAAAGUGGUGAGUACCCAUCGUCAGUCAAUGUUCCAGAUUUUCCUAGUGAUCCUUCAAAAGGUUCUCACACUGUUAGUUUUUCCAAAGUUGUCUACAUCGAGGAUUCAGAUUUCUCAGAGACUCCAGAACCAGGCUAUAAAAGACUGACAAAAAGUCAGUCUGUAGGUCUGAAGCAUGCUGGCCUUGUUGUCAGUGUGCUGGAGUUCAAAAAGAAUUCAGCUGGCAAGAUUGUAGAGUUGGAUGUUAAAGUGGAUCCUGUAACUGAUAACAAUAAACCUAAAGCAUUUAUUCAUUGGGUAUCUGAACCUACAGUUGUUGAAGUGCGUCUGUACGACAGACUGUUCAAACAUAAAAAUCCCGAGGAUCCUUCUGAAGUUCCUGGAGGGUUUCUAUCAGAUAUCAACAAUGACUCUCUCACUGUCAUUGAUGCUUAUGCUGAUUCGUCCAUUAGAAAUUGUAAGGUGUUUGAAAAAUUUCAAUUUGAGCGCAUAGGAUUCUUUUCGGUAGAUCCUGAUACUAAAACUUCUAAAGUUGUUUUUAAUCGGGUCGUUACAUUGAGAGAAGACUCUGGGAAACAAUCGUGAUUCAAAGUGCCUUUUUAAAAUACUUUAUUCUAAGAGCUUUCUCAUUAACACUAGCAUUGCAUUUUCAAUAUUAAUUCUGUUUUCUCGCAUCUCGUAUACUCCGUUGUACUGUUCAGAAAUAUUUUUGAAAUGAAAAUUUCUAAUCAUAUUUUUUAAGUUAUUGAUUUGAAGCUGUACUAUACUGUUUCCUUGAAAUAAAUGAAGUUUGACAAUUGAAUAAAAACACAAGAUAUGUUGUCAAAUUUCACGAAACCAUGGUAGUGUACUAAAUAAAACAGUGUAGAAUUUGACAACAUAUCUUGUGUUUUUAUUCAAUUAUGGAACGGCUCUACAAUAUUGACAAUGACUCAGUUGAAGUAACAAGUUAGAUAUUCUUCAAAUUUACAAUAUUACGUAUCUGUAUUUAAAAUACAUUUCUCUAAAUAAUCUUAUUUAAAUUUAAUAUUCGAAUAACAAAUAUUGAUGAUUAUAGAGAAAAUUGAUCGUAGUUAUUUUAUGGGAGUCUAAAAUCACGUGAAUAACUUCUUAACUAUUUAAUUAUUGAGUAAUUAUAAAUUGUGGAUCUUUAAUUGAUGAGUAUACUCAACUUGAGGGAAUAUUAUAAUUGCGCAUGUGUAUGAUUUUGAAUUUAAUCCGUGUCAAAUAAUGCUAUCACAGUAACAAUUCAAUAACUUAAAUGUUCUAAAAUAUAUUAUUUUUUUAGAUGAUUCUUAAAAACUCUUCAAGAAUCCGAAUUUUAUUUAUUUUAUUUUAUAACCAGUAGCCUAUUUAUUUCAACUAGGAAGAUUUUACUUUUUAUUUUACUUCUAUAAGAUGAACAAAGGAAAGAAUAACUAUGUGACAGUUAUCAUAAUAAUAAAAACUUGUUAAUUAGUAACCAAGGUUGGUGAUUCAAUGACCUCUAAUGUGAUAUUAAUUUAUCUUCAACAAAUACUAUCAUUGUUUAGUUUUUAUGAAUUUAAAUAUCAAUCACAUUCAUUAACGUUUUUUGGCUCUAAAUACUCAAGUUUCAUUUCAAUAAUUAUUGUAUUCAAUAUUUCCGUUCUGUUGAUAAUUCAAGUAACUCUAAAGGCAGUGAUAUAGCAAUAUAUACAGCACCUUUCCUAUUUUUUGUUAAUUGAAACUUUAUUGUAAUACUGAGUGAAAAAUACACAUUUUAAUGGAGUUUA